AUACUUUUUUCCCUAAUCCAUGGCUGAGUCUACAAAAGAGAAUUUCAGGAUCCCAGUCAACAAAUGUGUUGUAAUCCACAGUUUUAUAGGAUGGAGACGUAUGAGUAUUCUUCAACAAGCACAGAUUAAAUAUUAUUCAUCAAGACACGAUCUUUGUCUUUGUUGGUGUCGUUUCACUGUCCAUGUAGUGUUGGACAUCAUUCGCCAGGAUGGUUUCUUCCUCGCUGGACAGUGGACACUGGCUUCCUUUUGUUAAGGCUCCUUUCAGACCUGUUUCCUUCAUCGAUCUGCCGAGAGAUCCGCCGCUCCGCUACACAUAGCACGAGGCUUGAGCCAACAAAAAAGCUUAGAUUGCAGAGCUAAUCUGUAAAAUUUGAAAAAACACACACAGCACGCACGCACGCAGAGAGAGAGAGAGAGAGAGAGAGAGAGAGAGAGAUGGGCGGUUCAUCAGGCCUUGUGGACUGGAGAGGACGGCCGGUGAACCCCAAGAAGCACGGAGGAGUGAGAGCUUCAAUCUUCAUUCAUGCGCUGGUGCUGCUCAGCAACGCAGCCAACAUUGCCAACAUACUGAAUCUUGUAAGCUACCUGCGGGAGGAGAUGCACAUGGAUGUGGCGAAGGCCUCAACGAUAGCGAGCAACUUCUUUGCCGCGCUGCAGAUGUUCUCCAUCCCAGCAGCCUUCCUUGCUGACUCCUACGUCAAGCGCUUCUACACUGUCCUCAUCUUUGGCCCAAUCGAAAUACUGGGCUACAUCCUUCUUGCGGUCCAAGCGCAUGUCCCAUCCCUUCACCCGCCACGGUGCGUCUCCGGACAGCAGACAACCACCACCUGCGAUUCCGUGCACGGCUCAAACCUGAGCCUGCUCCUGCUGGGCCUCUACCUGAUCCCCAUCGGCGAUGGGGCGGCUCGGGCGUGCCUCCCGGCUCUCGGCGGGGAGCAGUUCGACACGUCCGAUCCCGUCGAGCAGAGACAGGAAUCCAGCUUCUUCAACUGGUACACCUUCUCCAUCUCGACGGGUGGCUUCGUGGGGCUCGUCUUCAUCGUGUGGGUGGAGAACAGUAAAGGCUGGGACCUUGGCUUCGUCGUCUGUGCCUUGUUCGUGAUCCUGGGGAUGCUGAUAUGGAUUGCCGGCCUCCCGUUCUACAGGAACCAGCUGCCAACUGGUAGCCCCAUCACCAGAAUAUUGCAAGUUCUUGUAGCAGCAUUCAAGAAAAGAAAAGUUGCAUUACCAGCCAACCCCAGUGAGCUAAAACGGCAAGACGACGCGAGUGCCCUCGAAAUGCUGCACAGAACUGACGGAUUUCACUGCCUUGACAAAGCAGCAGUAGACACCGGAAAGGCUGGUGCCUGGACUCUCUGCAGCGUAACCCAGGUGGAGGAGACCAAGAUCAUCCUCCGGAUGGUGCCCAUCUUCCUCAGUGCUGUGCUCGGGUACAUUCCGGUGCCGCUGAUCCUCAAUUUCACCGUGCAGCAGGGCAACACAAUGGACACCAGGCUCGGCGCAGUUCACAUCUCACCCGCAACGCUAUUCGUCAUCCCUACGGUUUUCCAGAUGGUUAUCCUCGUCGUUUACGACCGGUUCAUUGUCCCGUUCCUAAGACGAAUAACCGGCUAUGUGGGCGGUGUCACGCACCUCCAGCGCAUCGGCAUCGGGUUUCUUUCGACCAUAGUGGCCACUGGCAUUGCAGCCCUAGUGGAGGCCAAGAGGAAGAAGGUGGCAGAAGACAGUGGCCUUGUGGAUGCUACAACUGGAAUUCCAAUGUCUGUUUUCUGGCUGACCAUACAAUACUUCCUUCUAGGUGUUGUGGAUGUCACCUCCUUUGUAGGGCUUCUUGAGUUCUUCUACAGUGAGGCGUCCAUGGGGAUGAAGUCCAUUGGGAGCUCCAUCUUCUACUGCAUCCUUGGGGUGUCUGCUUGGCUGGGGAGCCUGUUGAUCCAAUUGGCAAACCGCUUUUCAAGACAUAGUGAUGGAACAGGAGGCUGGCUUGAUGGCACAAACUUGAACAAGGGCAAACUUGAUCGAUUCUAUUGGUUGCUAGCUGUUCUUGAGGUGGUAUCACUAUUAUUGUACGGCUUUUUUGCUUGGAGGUAUGUUUACAGGAAUGACCAAAGGGUUGUGGUUGAUGGAGAUAAUAACGCUUCAUCAGACGGUGCCAUAAAUGUGAUCUGAUCACCUGCAAGUGUUUCAAGGAGGUAUUGUGAAUGGUGACGUGAACAAUUCAUGGAUAGCAUGCACUCAAGCAAAUCAGCUGAGAAAUAUAAUUCUGGUUACAUUGGUUUCAUACUCCCUUUGUUGGUCACAAAUAACUGAUGGUAUAUUAACACAUUAUUGAAAAAAUAUGACUUUCACCAGUAGGUUUUGUUGUAAUAUAUAUUUGUACUGUUGAGCACUCUUGUUGGCAAUUUGAGUUGGAAAACACAUGCAUGUAAUGUUGAGAAAACCAUAUUUAACUGUUUACCCUAUUAAGUUUA